CCAGGAAUAGGUGGGCGCUGUCCAGCCAGCCAAGUCUGGGAGCCUUCCCGGCUAUGUGCCAUGCCCCUGGCUCUGCAGAUACUCAUUGUCCUGUUCUGCUCCGGCUCCACUCUGAAACUGAAGGGCUUUCCUGGUGGGUGGUAGGCGGGGCGGGCUGACGGGAGGUGGCAGUGAGCUCCAGUGACUGAGCAGUGCUGCCUGGUGCACCUGCCCCGUGGAGUCUCCACUUUGGAGUCUUCUCAGAAGCCCCUACCUGGACAGUCUGGCUGCCAGAGGAGCAGCUGAAGAGGUGUGGGAUGGUGAGCACGUGGAGCCUUCUGCUGCUACUCUGGGUGCUGCUGGAGGCCAUGGCCUCCAGGAACAACAUGCUGCUAUCACACAAGGUCAUCGGUGAGCCUUGCCACAGCCAUGAGGAGUGUCAGAGCAACUGCUGUACCACCAACAGCCUGAACCCGCAGAAGUUCUGCACAGCCCAGACCAUCUUCCUGCAGUGCCUGUCUUGGCUCAAGCCCAACGGGCACUUGUGCUUGAAGUCAGCCGAGUGCCACAGCAACUGCUGCACCAUCAAUCACAUCAAGGAGAGCAGCUUCUGCACCACCCGCAACCUCUUCCUGCAGUGUGUGCCCUGGCGGAAGCCACAUGGGAGCAGAUGCAAAGGGCACGAGGAGUGCCAGAGCAGGUGCUGCCUGAACCUGGGCGAUACCCAGCGUACCUGGUGUGUGCCCCGCACAGGCGUCCUGGCAUUGUGCCUGCCUCUGUGACAGGGACUAGAUGUGCUGAAGAGCCCCUGCAGACGUGGCCCCUGUCCUCAGCUCAGCUGGGUGGGCACUCUGGCCCUCUUUGGACACUGGCCCAGGUGGUGUUACUGUCCCUUGAAGAAGUCCUGAUCUGUCCAGCAGGCUGAGCCCUACCGUCCACACACAGACACUCCCAAUAAACACUGCCAGCCAA